AUGUCAGUCCUCCGCCGCCGGGACCGCAACGAGAUGCUCGCCUUUUCGGCGACGUUCGAGGACGGCAACCUCAAGAUGUACGGGCACUCGGUGGGAUCGGCGCGGGCCGGCAGGCAGCAGUUCCGGAUGCGGCUCAUCGCGUCGUUUGCUGUCGACUCGGACGUCGAGACGAUGAGGGCGUCCAAGUCGCUUUGGGGGCCGAGGCCAUAA